AAAUUAAUGUAAUAUUUUGGACAUCGUAACAGCGAAAAUCCUCAUCCUUCCGUUUCUCACGCGUGCACUCCUCUUCUCUUCAUUUUUCCUCCCUAAAUCAACGCCAAAAAUCUUCAAUUAAUCACUUUUGCUCAUUCAAUCGCCGUUAUUCCUGAUUGCUGCUAAACUUUUCCGAUCGAGCAGAAGAUGUCGACCGCGCCUCCAGGGGGACCGUCGACUAGGAGAAGCGUGACGUUGACCAGGAGGAAAUCUGCUGCUGAUUACGGCGGCGGCGGCGAUGGAGUUGUUGGAAUUCCUCCCUCGAACCACCGGAAAUCUAUAUCCGGCUCCCGUUCCUUAGGACUGACAGGAGAACGGACGGUCAAGCAAUUGAGGCUAUCAAAAGCCUUGACAGUACCAGAAACUACCACUAUAAUUGAAGCUUGUCGCCGGAUGGCUGCCCGUAGGGUUGAUGCUUUACUGCUAACUGAUUCAAAUGCAUUAUUGUGUGGAAUCCUGACAGAUAAGGAUAUAGCUAUGAAAGUCAUUGCGCAUGAUCUAAAUCUUGAGGAAACUCCUGUGUCUAAGGUCAUGACUAGGAACCCAGUAUUUGUGCUUUCUGAUAAUCUUGCUGUCGAAGCGUUGCAAAAAAUGGUUCAAGGAAAGUUCAGACAUUUACCAGUUGUUGAAAAAGGAGAGGUGAUUGCUUUACUUGACAUAGCAAAAUGUUUGUAUGAUGCUAUUGCUCGUUUGGAGAGGGCAGCUGAGAAGGGAAAGGCGAUUGCAGCUGCUGUUGAAGGCGUUGAGAGACAUUGGGGGACAACAGUUUCUGGGCCAAACACAUUCAUUGAGACACUUCGAGAGCGAAUGUUUACACCCUCUGUGUCCACUAUAAUUCCUGACAACUCAAAGAUUGUUACAGUAGAUCCAAGUGACACUGUGCUAGAGGCUGCAAAGAAGAUGUUUGAAGUUCAAGCAAGCUCUGCCAUUGUAAUUGUAGAAAACAAACCACGAGGAAUACUUACUUCAAAAGACAUGCUGAUGAGGGUCAUAGCUCAAGAUCUUUCUCCAGGAUCUACUUUAGUGGAGAAGGUGAUGACACCAAAUCCAGAGUGUGCUACUGUAGAUACUCCUAUUGUUGAUGCACUUCAUACCAUGCAUGAUGGGAAAUUUUUGCACCUUCCAGUUGUUGAUAAAGAAGGAGUGGCGGUAGCUGUUCUCGAUGUUCUUCAUAUAACUCAUGCUGCAAUAGCCACAGUUGGAAGUACUGCAGCAGUCAAUGGUGAGGCCACAAACACCAUGCUGCAAAAGUUCUGGGAUUCUGCAAUGGAAUUAACUCCAGAUGAUGAUGAUGAGACCCGGAGUGAGAAUUCCUUGAAAUUGCCUUCUGAUGGGGGAGAUGGCGGGCGAUCUAUUGCUUAUUCUACUUCCACCCCCAACUCGUUUGCUUUCAAAAUUCAAGAUGGAAAAGGAAGGAUGCAUAGAUUUUUAUGUGGUACACAGAGUUUGGCCGACCUUAUAGCAGCAAUCCUUCAGAGAUUAAGAGAUGAAAUUGACCGUGACAACCUUCCAUAUAUUCUGUAUGAAGAUGAAGACAAGGACAAGGUUAUGCUUGCAUCUGAUAAUGAUCUUCAAGCAGCUGUAGAUCAUGCCAGGCUAGCUGGUUGGAAGGGGUUGAAAUUGCAUUUAGAGUAUUCCAGUGCAGCACGUCCUCGGAUGGGAUCCAAGUCGAAAGGUAUGGAAUAUGCUCAAGCAGAUGCUUGGGCUUCGGCAUACAGCUCUGUGGCCGCUGGGGCUGCCUUAGUUGCUGGUUUAGGCGUUUUAGCAUUCUUGAGGCGACCUGCAAAUUGAUUCGAUACACACGUUGCUCGGAGAGUUUGAAGAGGAAAGAAACCAGAGUGUGGUUGUGGUAUCUUUUGCUUGCCAUUUGUGAGUAUACCUUAACAUAACAAGAAAGAGUUUAUUGUGCCUUGCAAAUUACAAUAAGCAUAGGUGAUUAUGACGAAAAAAAUGGUAUGUAUUUUCAUUGAAAAAUUGGAUUUGUACAUGUUAUAAGUGGAACUGCAUACAUACAGUAUCCAACUUUCUAUUUGUCUCACUUAAAUCAUUUGUGAAUU